AUGCUGCUUCCACUCCCGGGCUUCAUGUUGUUGUGGCUGUGCAGCGAGGCCGUCUCCGCUCAGCUCCACUGGCACCAAACAAAGACGACUUUCAGCCCUCAUUAUGAAUCCACCGCCGCGGACAGGAAUGCGCAGAGCCGGAGAUGGCGCACAGUCAGCGGGGAGGACAAUGGGGGGGUGCACCACGGGGCGCGUGGGCAGGCCUCGUGGAUGGAUACUGUAAAGCCAUCGCAGUCUGAGCAGCUGGGGACGCAGAUUCCUCGGCGCGCUGUGCGUAAAAGUGGCACCAAUGGAAACAAAGUGGGUGAGUCACGAGACAGAGGACACACACCUGGAGAAGAGUAUACACACAAGAGAGGACACACACCGAGAGAUGAGUAUACACACACCCCGCGUGGACAUGUCUUCGUCCCCGCGAGGACGGAACACAAACGGCGGCAGAGACGCAGCAAGGACGCAGGUGCGCCGCUGCCCGUGGCCAUGGCGCAAGAGCAACCCGGACCUGCUUUCGGCCUCAACGGCAGUGACUUUGAGGAGGAGGACUACACGGUGCCGGAUUUCCCCGAUGGCACGCCCUUCCCGCCGGUGAACACGCGCCCCAGACGGAAGCAGGUGAGGAACCCUUUCUACCCGGUCACCUCGCGCUCCUACGGCGCGUACGCGGUGGUGAUGACCGCCGCGGUGAUCUUCAGCGUGGGAAUCAUCGGGAACGUGUCGGUCAUGUGCAUCGUGUGUCAUAACUACUACAUGAGGAGCAUCUCCAACUCUCUGCUGGCCAACCUCGCGCUCUGGGAUUUCGUCAUCGUCUUCUUCUGCCUGCCGCUCGUGGUGUUUCACGAGCUCACUAAGAACUGGCUGCUGGGAGAGUUCUCGUGCAGGAUCAUCCCGUACCUGGAGUGCACCACCACCGAGCUGUCGCCGUUCAGCACCGUCCGCAGGGAGCCGUCCACCUCCACCACCUACGCCACGGUGGGGACGCACUGCUGA